GGCCGCCGGCGGACCCCGGCCGGGCCCGCGCUGCCCCGGGCUGAAAAGACGCCGGUGGCACCCAGCCCCGCCGACCUCGGGCCGGGCCGUCCACCGGGGCCGCCCUCGGGGCCGCCCCGCAGCCCUGGGCGCCCGCGAUGGUCCCGCACGGCCGGCCCUGAGCCCCGCGCUGGUUCGGGGCUCGGCCUCCUCCAGCCCCCACCCCAGGGAGCCGACACCAACUUCUGCUCUUGAACUCCGCUCUGCCUCCUUCUUUUGGCCCAGGGCGACCUCGGCAACCAGACCGCGGCAGACCCUCCUGAGUGCCCAGAAAGGCCCCGGGGUGGCCUGGCGCCUCCCCGGCACUUUCUGGAUGGAGGCGCCUCGGGAAGGUGCUGGCUGAACGCUUUGGCCUUCACCUUCCAGCCCCUGCUGACCACACCUCCCCUAGUGCAGAGGCUGCGUGAGGAGCAGGAAAUGCUGUACCAGCACAGCUGGCUCCCUGGGAUCUCGGUCUGACUGCCAGGAUGGAGGUAGGGCCAGCAACCAAGACCUUCGUGCUGGAGCUUCGGUGUCUUGAAGAUGGGGGCUCAGGGCCUGACACCCUCUCAGGUGGCAGCGGUGGGAGUGAGAGUCAGGAGGAGGAAGAGGCUCAGGAGAGGAACAGCAGCCCACCGCGGCCAGCAGUCUCAGCCCCGACGGGGGCCGGUGCAACCGCUGAGGGAGCCCCGCCAGAACAGCAGGAGUUGCAACCCCAACAGUUAGAACAGCAGCCAGAGCUGCAGCAGCAGCCACAGCAGGAGCAGCUGCAACAGCUGCAGCCACGAGACCAAGUGUCAGGACAUCAGCCAAACUUGCAGCAGCAACAGCAGCAGCAAGACGGGCAAGAGCAGCCGCCUCGACCACAGCCGGGAAAACCCCAAUCUGUGCAACAGGAGCCACUGAAACCACAGCUGCAGCUGAUGCAACAGCAGAAACAGUUACAAGAGCAGCACAGGCAAGAGCACCAGCUGUCACAGCAACAGCAGGAACAGUUCCAGCAGCAGCAAGAUGGGCAACAGCAGCUGCCUCGACAGCAGCCAGAACUACAGGAAAAUCCCCAAUCUGUGCAAUAUGAGCAGCGGAAACCACAGCCGCAGCGGCUGCAACAGCAGGAACAAUCACAGGAGCGGCAAGUGCAAGAACAGCAGCUGUCACAGCAACAGCGGGAACAGUUACAAUCUCAGCAGCUGCCACCACAACAGCAGCAGUUGCAACAGCAGUUACAGCAGGAACAGUCACAGCUGCAGCAGCAGGAACAGUUACAGCAACAGCAGACACGGUUACAACCACAGCAGGAACAGUUACAGCAACAGCAGACACAGUUACAACCACAGCAGGAACAGUUACAGCUGCAGCAGCAGCAACAGUUACAGCUGCAGCAGCAACAGUUACAGCAGCAGCAGCAGCUGCAGCAGCAACAGUUACAGCUGCAGCAGCAGGAACAGUUGCAGCAGCUGCAGCAGCAACAGUUGCAGCAGCAGCGGCUGUUGCAGCAGCAGCAAGAACAGUUACAGCAGCAGCUGUUGCAGCAGCAGCAAGAGCAGUUGCAGCUAUUGCAGCAGCAGCAAGAACAGUUACAGCAGCAGCUGUUGCAGCAGCAGCAGUUACAGCAGCAGCAGCUGCUGCAGCAGCAGCAAGAACAGUUGCAGCAGCAGCAGCUGCAGCCCCGGCCACUGGAGCCGGAGGAGGAGGAGGAAGAGGUGGAGCUGGAGCUCCUGCCGGUGGACCUGGGGUCGGAGCAGGAGCUGGCGCGGCAGCAGGAGCUGGAGCGGCAGCAGGAACAGCGGCAGCUGCAGCUCAAACUGCAGGAGCAACUGCAGCAGCUGGAGAAGCAGCUGGAGCAGCAGGAGGUGCAGCUGGAGCUGAGCCCGGUGGAGCUGGGGGCCCCGCCGCCGGAGCUGCAGCUGGAGCUGACCCCCGUGCCGCCGGAGCUGCAGCUGGAGCUGGUGCCCGCCGCGGGGGGCGGCGCUGCCGCCGUCCCGGGGACGCCCGCCGCGGUCGUGGUGGCGCCCCCGGGCUACGUGGUGCUGCAGGAGCUCAUGGUGCUGCCGGCCGUGUCGGCGCCCUCGGUGGUGGCCAUCCCGGGCCCGGCGGGCAGCGCGGCCCUGACGCCGGCCCGGCAGCGGCGGCGGCGGCGCGCCCGGGACCGGCCGACCAUCUGCGGGGAGUGCGGCAAGGGCUUCAGCCGCAGCACGGACCUGGUGCGGCACCAGGCCACGCACACGGGCGAGCGGCCGCACCGCUGCGGCGAGUGCGGCAAGAGCUUCUCGCAGCACUCGAAUCUGGUAACGCACCAGCGCAUCCACACGGGCGAGAAGCCCUACGCGUGCCCGUACUGCGCCAAGCGCUUCAGCGAGAGCUCGGCGCUCGUGCAGCACCAACGCACGCACACGGGCGAGCGGCCCUACGCCUGCGGCGACUGCGGCAAGCGCUUCAGCGUCUCGUCCAACCUGCUGCGCCACCGCCGCACGCACUCGGGCGAGCGGCCUUACGUGUGCGAGGACUGCGGCGAGCGCUUCCGCCACAAGGUGCAGAUCCGCCGCCACGAGCGCCAGCUGCACGGCGCCGGGCGCUCCCGGGGCCUGGGCCUGCUCCGCGGCGCGCGCGCGGCCGCCGGCGGGGCCCCGCGCGCCGAGCAGGCUGCGGACAAGGCGCCGUGACCCCGGGCGGGGGCCGAGGUCGGGGAGGGCGCCGCUUCCCCUUGCUCCCCACCCGGGAAGCGCCGCGCCCGCUAGGACGUCUUGACCCAGUUCCGGGGUCUCGGGACGUCCUGGAAUAUCGC